AUGAAUAAUGUUGGUGAUCAGCGUUAUGUACCGAAGAAAAAAGUCAGAGAUCGUUAUUCUAGACAAGAACUUGUUGGUAGAGGUGCUUAUGGCGCUGUUUAUAAAGGGAUAGAUAAUGAAAAUAACAGAGUUAUAGCAAUUAAAGUGUUAAAUUUAGACACGGAAGAAGACGAUGUUGGUGAUAUUGUUAAAGAGAUAAAUUUAUUAUCUCAACUAAAACAUAGUGAUUCUCAGAAUAUAACUAAAUAUUUUGGAAGUUUUCUUCAUGGGACAAAAUUAUGGAUUAUUAUGGAAUAUGCUGCAGGCGGAAGUAUUAGAUCAUUGUUAAAUGCUGGCAAUUUGGAAGAAAAAUAUAUAUCUUUGAUAACUAAAGAAGUUUUACAAGCAUUAAUUUAUUUACAUAAAUGUAAAAUUAUUCAUCGAGAUAUCAAAGCGGCAAAUAUAUUAUUAACUGAAGAAGGUAAAGUUCAAUUAUGCGACUUCGGUGUAGCGGGACAAUUAACAGCUUCAUCCGCAAAAAGGACUUCAUUUGUUGGCACUCCAUAUUGGAUGGCACCUGAAGUAAUAAAAGAGGGAGCAACUUAUGAUACAAAGGCGGAUAUUUGGUCCUUGGGGAUUACUGUAAUUGAAAUGGCCAAAGGAAAUCCUCCUCAUCAUAAAUUAAGUGCUAUGAAAGCUAUACAACUUAUACCUAAAACUCCUCCACCUCAAUUAGAGGAGAAAUUUUCUUCUCACAUCAGAGAAUUUGUUUCUUUAUGUUUAAAUGAUUAUUCUGAUCAGAGGCCUACUGCAGAAGAACUAAUGAAAACAAAAUUUAUAAAAGGAGCCUCAAAACACCCAAAUGGAUUAUUAAGAGAACUUAUCACAAAAUAUGAGCAAUGGAAACAGACAACUGGAUAUCGUCAUUCGUUCCAAGAUCCUCAUGGAACACCAUCGAGGUUUCAAUUGGUUUCUUUUUUUUAA